AUGACAGUGCCAAUCAAAACCAUCUCGACUGCAGUAGCUGGUGUUGGCCUCUCUGGUGGGCUUGGCUACCUUUACUUGAACAGAAAGCGCGCACCAGAACCAGUUCCAUCAGCUGCCACCUCGCAACCGCAAUCCUACGAUCCACGUCCUUUUCAACGUUUGACGACUGAAGAAAUCGACAGCCGAUUAACGUCUGGCCAGAUUGUAACCAUGACGUCCAUCCAACGUGUAAGAGCCAUUUACACUAACCGCAUGGCCUCAAACAAACCUGUCGAAGAUAAUUAUAGCAUAAAUACUAUCGAUGGCGAGAAACUUAUAGCCGGUGUCUAUGAUGGACACAUUGGACCUUCUUGUUCAGAGCUGAUCAAGAAGCAGCUCCCGAUCUAUGUCGCGAGACAAUUAAAAGAGUCGCAUGGACAACGCGUUGAAAAUACUAUCUCUACCGCUUUUGAAACCCUUGACCAGGAUAUCCAACAACGAUUCUACGAUCUAUUCCCUAAAGACGUGGCCCGCGCGUCCGAGAAGGAUAUUCGUGAGGCGGCUGCACGAAACCCCGCGGCCAGCAGUAUCAUUGAAGAAGCACUUACAGGAUCAUGCGCGUGUGCAGUGUAUCUAGAUGGUGAUGAUUUGUACGCAGCCAAUACCGGCGAUUCCAGGGUCGUAAUCAUUCGCCAAGAAGAAGAUGGGUCUUGGACCGGACGACGUCUAGUUGAAGAGCAAUCACCAGCGCACCCAGCAUGGCGUGCACAUAUGAUUUCGCAGCAUCCAGCAGAUGAAGCCGAUGCUAUCGUCAGGCGCAACCGGGUAUUUGGCCUGAUUGCCGUAGGCGGAUCAUUUGGUGAUAUCAUGUACAAGGUGCCCAAGGAUUACCAAAUGAAUGUGCUUCCGUAUAUCCCGUAUGAGGUCUAUAGUCUCUUUGCUCGCUACCAUCACCGCAUCGUAAUCAAUUACCGCACUCCCCCGUACCUGUAUGCUAAACCGUUGGUUUCACACCACAAACUGCAAAAGGGUGACCGUUUUGUCGUCCUGGGUACAGAUGGACUUUGGGAUGAAUUGAGCUGGGACAGCGUACGCAGCAAGGAUGGCGACCAGGUCUCGGCUGAGCUGAUGAGCUCUUGGUCUACAAGCAAAGACAAAAAUGCGGCUACCCAUUUGAUGCGUCAGGCUUUACUGUAUGAUGUGGUGUACAAGAACAUUGGUGAGAAACUGCCUGUUACUGACGAAGUGCUAGAAAUGUCAAAGCGAUUAACCCGUGAGCCAUCGCGACGUUAUCGUGACGAUAUGACAAUCACGGUGAUCGAGUUGAACCAAGGUCAAGGUCACGCGGUACAGGAAGGCUCGGGCCCGGUGAUGGAACCAGAGGAAGUGGACGUAUCGCAACCUCGUCUAUGUGAACCUCACAAGUCCAGUUGGUACUCUGGAUGGAUAUGGUCGCGUCUCUAG